AUGAACUGCAUUGCAACAAUUAAAAAAAAUCUCAUUAAACUAAGAUCGCUUCGAUUUAUCGUAGGAAAUCAUAGGCAAAUUUGUGAAGAAGAGAAACAAUAUACAAGUCAAACUAUUUUAACAUAUCAAUCAUCUUCACUUCGCUCGGUCGAUUUCGUAUGUUACUUCAAUCAUUCGCAUUUAACAACUGGUGCUACUCUUAACUGGACAUUAACAUCCAUGACUUUAACAGUUUAUGGUUUACCUCAUCAGUUCUCAAUUUAUUGUGUUCUAUAUGUAUUUCAUAUUUAUCGUGCAUUAAGACGUUUACGUGUAUUUAUAUUAAUUCUUGCAAAUUCAAAUAUUCAACAUGCAUAG